AUGAAGUCCCUCAGCCUUAUCGUCGCUCUAUCAGCCGCUGCUCUGGCCACGCCUACCAAGCGAGAACAAACCUACAAACAGGUGGUCACCGUGUGGUAUACCGGCUCUUUCGACACUAUCGGGGGCGAGACGGGCUCUGGCAGCCACCUCUACAUCAAGGAUGCAGCAACUGGCGAGACUAUUGAUACAUACGACGGUGACAAGUCCGUCGAGUGUCUUGAAACCUGCCUCGUUCAGUGGCAACCCAGGUGUUUCGUCAAUCAGAAGGACUUUGCCGCAAGCGACGACGGGUAUGGCAACAUUGUCAGUUGCCAGGUAACAGGUGCCGGAACUGGAGAAGGAUCAAGUGACUGCGACGUCAUUGGCGUUGGGUCUGCGUGCGAAAGCACCUGCACGGUGACUUGGGAUGCUUUGACGGACGGAACCUGUUAG